GAGCCGAGCGCCCCCACGCAAGCGGGCCGCGAGGUCGAGGACUCGGCUGCCCUCCGCAACGCCGUCUGCAAGGCGUGCGAGGGGCUCGCCUGGCAGCUCAUCAGCAUAGUGGAGGACCACACGCUGCGCGCCAGUCGGCCGGCGGCGUCAGGCCCGCCAGUCUCCGGACCGAUGAACGGGUUCCUGAGUGCGCCGCUGUCGUGGCAGACCACGGCGUCGAACUCCUCGGCCUACCCUGUCAGAGUGGUGCACGGACAG